AAUUUGCAUCGUGCCCUCGAUUGAAUAAACACAAAGAGCGUCACACAAAGUGUUAACACUACAGCGAAGAAUUGAGGUUUUGUAUUAAACGCACUUCAUAACUUAAGCAUCAUGGGAGGGAUUAGAGUGUUGUGUUCAUCUUUGUGUAUUUUGAUGUCAUGCUGGGGCGUGUUUGGUUACCAAUGUUGCAAGAGUUACACGGACCUGAGCGGCACGUACCACUCCUCCAUGCUGUGCGAGGACUACUGCUGUAUGGACAUCGCCCUCCAGUAUAGGGUGUGCUGCAGCGAAUCCUGGCGCCAGGUCCCCUCCUCUCAACGUGACCAAGAGUCCUGCACGGAGAACUGGAUCGCCGAACACAUCUGGGUGCCGAUCGUGUCCGGGUUGGUGUUGCUGGGCCUGAUUGUGUUGUGCUGCUGCUGCUGUUGUGGCUGGUGCUGCUGUCGGAGGGAUCGCACCGUAAUUGUGCAAUCCCCGGGAGCCCCUCAAACGAGCGUUGUGAUGGCCAGCCAGACCAAUAUGAUGCACGCCGGAUAUAACCAGUAGAACCACUUCCGGUCAGAACACGCGAUAACCAUCUUCACAAGCGCCUUAUAUGAAGCAUUCCGACAAUUGGUUGGAUAGGAACAUGUACAUACUGAUAACAAUAAUUAUGUGUGUGAGGACUUGACAAUUUCGUAUUUCUUUGUGUUCUCGAUGUUGGCUUUGUAAGAACAGUUUUCUUAUCAGCUGGGACAUUUAGGUGAGGACAGUCAAGUUGUAACUUUAAUUGAUUCGUUCGUUUUUAUGGGGCUGUUAUCAUCUCAAUGUUAUCAUGGUUUGGUGUUUAAUGGAACGACAUCGUAAUAUUAACCUUACACAUUGCAUAUCAUCACAAUGUUUUCGUAUGACAAGGAAACUAGCCGUCCGUUUUACAAAGAAACUAGCCGUUCGUUUUACAAGGAAACUAGCCGUUCGUUUUACAAGGAAACUAGCCGUUCGUUUAUGACAAAGAAACUACCCUUUAAUGUGACAAAGAAACAAUCCUUCAGUGUAUUGUUGUUGUUUUUGUCGGCAGUUUACUUUUAUUAUUUUGCCUUUAAUAUGCUCCGCUGAAUAUUGUCCACUUAGAAAUUCUCACUGGAGGUUUUUCAAAGACUGCUUAUGGGUGCUUACGAAAAAAAUCAAUUGAAUAUCGUCACGGGUAGACGGAGUGUACUUUGUUUUUACCAACAAGCAUUGAUGUUAUUAUGCCAUUGUCUCUUAUUACUUAAAUAAUUAUCAACACUUAAGUAUCAUCUCAAUAAUACAUUAAUUUUGGAGAGUGUGUGCGCGUGUGUGUGCGAUGAAAUAAUCCUGUAUGUACGUGUAUGUCAUAAAUAUCAAGCGGCAAUAACUUUGCCUAACCCAUUACAAUGUAAACUAUCUGUAGUUACUUCUCUUAUGAAGUCAAUAAACCGUCUUGAAUA